AUGGGCAUCAAACAAGUGCAAGUCGGACACCCAAUAGAAUGUUUCGUACCGGCGCAAUUCACCCGAGCAAUGGAGCAGUAUACAGAGAACUACUGCUGGGUUCAAAACACCUACUGGAUUCCUUUUCAGCGUUUUGGUGUUCAGGAUUUGAUCCCUCAUCGGCUAGACGACCGAGAACGGCGACAGAUCGGUUACUACCAAUGGGUUCCAUUUGUGUUAGCCGUUGCCGCUCUGAUGUUCCACAUUCCAUCAUCGGUUUGGCGGAUGCUCUCCAGUCAAAGCGAUGAUGCUUUGAUGUAUCAAAGAGAGCACGGAGCUCGAAAGAAGAAUAUCUACAUUUUUGCCGUCGUUCGAGUAGGCAAAUUCUAUGGAGCCUACGUGUCGACGGUCUUAUGUGUUUAUCAAAUCACUUCAUCUCUGCAAUGUGAUACUGCAAUUUCUUUUGCUGAACUCGUUCCUCGAGACGGCCGAGUAUCCGCUAUUCGGCGCCCACGUUCUCUACGACUUGUUGCUAGUGAGUGA